GUCAAUGUUACUUCACCAGAUUCUGUAACUGAGUUCAAGAAAGACUUCGGUAACCAGCCAGUGGAUAUACUCCUCAACGUCGCGGGCCUUAUGAUGAAACCUGACCAGAAUACCUUGAGAACGAUGAGCCUGGAUGCCCUGAACAAGUCAGUCGCAGUGAAUGCUUCCGGGGCCCUUCCUCCUAACCUAGGCUCUAUUACAAAACUUCUUAGCCACCAAGGGCGCAAAGAUCGGAAUCGUCUCUACUCGAGUUUCCAGCAUGGCAGAUAAUACAGGAGGCGGUCUAUGUUCGUACCGUGCAUCGAAAGCGGCUGUAAACGCGAUUGGAGUGAGCCUGUCUGGCAAUAUUCGGUCUGAAGGGGUAACGGUCCUCCUAUUGCAUCCCGUGGUCAAUAACACGAAUUUG